AUGGCAUUCGCGUUAUCCUCACAGAAGGCGGAUGCCGGUGUCUUGGCUGCCAUGACGCACGUGGCUGUUUCGAAUCCAACCGCGCACACCACGACGUUGCCGCGGAGCUGCUUGUACGUGUGGGUGGUGGGCAACCCGACCAGUGGAGGCGAACGAGGUGCGGUGCUGCUCGAUCGACUUGAGAAGCUGUUUUGCCAGUCUUUCGGUAGAGAUACAGUGCACACCGCCAGCAGCAGCAACCUCUUGCACAUCCUUUCCUUGCAUCAGCCUGUGCCAGGGUCUUCAUCGGAAGGGAUGGAAAGUGGAGAACACGUGCACAGCCCCGAAGCGCCAUCUGCAUCAGCGUUGGGGCCGACGGCUGGUUCAGCACCAUCAUACUCGUCGGCUGUGAGCGCUGUGUGGAAUGCCACAGCAGCGGCCAUGCCGGCGAACCCACCUGACUGCGCACUGUCCUCCGUGGCAUCCUCUGUUGGUGGUGUCGCGCUGCGUACGCUUAUCAUUCGCACGAACCAAUGUGGGCACUUGAAGCCGUUGAGUCACGCGCUCAGUCAACUCAUUCUGUGCUCUCGUCUCGACGAUCACCAGCGGCCGCCGCAGGGCCCCAUGCUGUCUUCCACGCCGCGCAGCGCCAUCGCUUCGGCAACUCUAGGGAACGACAACGACAAGCACAAAUCGCUGCCGCUAGGCAUCGAAAGAACCUCCGCCACUUACCAGUGCGUAAGCAGUAGUCGUCCAGAUCAGCCGUCCCCGCAUCACGUUAUUCUCGUCGUUGGUGGCGAUGGGACACUGAGCGAGGUCACGAACGGGCUGUGCGAUGGAACGCUAGCUGGGUUCGCACAGCUUGCACUGAGCAGUGGCUGUAGUGCUGACGCUGCCGCAGUCACAUCGCACGCACACGUUGAGCGCGAGGCCGCGGUGUUGUCGCACCUUCUUCCCGCUGUUCUGUACAUGCCGGCAGGGACUGGAUCCGACUUUGCCAAGCUUGAAUUAUGCUGCCGCACUCCAGAGGACGCUUUGCGAGUCGUGUGCGACGGACUCGCACGGGAGCUCUUCCCCGUCGCGAGCAGCCGCGGCUGCGAUGAUGUAGAACACGUUGAUAGCGAGGGCUGCAGGUCUAUGGCUUUGAACUCACCUGCUGCGCGGCAAAGCAUAUCUGCGCCAUCCAGAUCGUCCGCGUGUGCUGCGUAUGCGGUGGAUGUCGGCCGGAUCGAGUUUCUGCGCACCGGCACACGACACUUCUUCAUCAAUGAGUGCUCCGCUGGCAUGUCGUGCGACGUCAUCCAGCGUGGGGAGCGGUUUAAACACUGUCGAUGGAUUUCCAUGCUAGGCGGUCUAGUGCUGUUCGCCGCGUCAUCCUUUGUGUCCCUGGUGCUCAUGAAGCCGAAGCCAGUGUAUAUCUGCAAGCUGCCCCCACGUGUGCCACUGUCCGCCGCGUCGGCGGCCGGGGCGGAAGACGUCGACACGGACGGCGGGGCAACCGAGACCGACGCGAGCCAAGAGCAGGCGAGCAAGGAAAGCAUUGGCGGCAACGACAACUAUGCAGCUGGGGUGUGCAGUAGCGACAUGGACUGCAAGUCCAUCUCUACAAGCCCGCUCUCCGAUGCGGCGUCAGACUCGCCGUUGGGAUGGCCUCACUCCCUUACUUCGCUUGCCCCCUUUACACCCUUGAGCAAGCAGCUGGGCCGGCUGUGUGCGCGACUGCGGCGGAGUGCGCACGUGGAGCCGAGGCCAGACGCACCUGGUCACCGCUCAGAUGGUUCCCGGGACGCAUCUGCAAACUACCGCACUCGACUUGCAGCGCCAGCGGCUCCAGCCAAGGACUGCGCGGCGGCGUACACGCUGCAUGCGCGCACGCCAAUGCCGCCUUUACAUGCCAAGAAGGUUCGAUGUACGCUUCAGACGCCCUCCCAUCAAAUCCUGCAGCUUCUCGACAUCAGCCCCGAGAAACUUGAGAUGCACCGUAUGCAGCAAGAGCAGCGUGAUACCGGGGCGCCGGCGGUCACUUCAAGCACCGACUUCACCACCGCCACCUCGAUGAAGGGCAUGGGUAGGGUCGCCACCAGCAAAGGCACCGCCGCCGCCACGAGCUCGGGGGAAGACAUGGUGCAGCAUGAACACGUACGCUGCAAGGGGAAUGCGCAGAUUGGCAGCGAUGACCACAUCGGCGAGCACCGCUGUCGCGGAAAUAGUGGGGCCCUGUAUGUCGACCCCGCGACAGGCAAAGGUGACGACGCGUGGCCACGCGACGUCGGCGAUGAUGAUCUCAUAUCGCUGGUGUGGGUGGAGCUGCCGUCGUCCAUGAUCGCCUUCGCGAACGGCCGCUGGUACGGUGGAGGUAUGCUCGUCGCACCGCACGCGAAUCCAACAGACGGACUGCUCAGCUGCACGAACUGGGUAACGAAGAUCCUGCCCUUUCUCUUCCGCGCCUUCUCCCUCUACACGGGAGGGCACGUGCGCUGGCGCAGCACGAGCGUCUUUGACGGCGAACGGUUUCUCAUUACGAGCGGGCCCCCUCCAAGUGCCGCCGAGGCUAUGACAGCAUCUCUGCACAGCUUGGCAGACGCGCCUUUGGACGCAGAGGAGGCGCUGUACAUGGAGGCAGACGGCGAAGUGCUGGAGGCAGCGCCGGCCAUUGUGGAGCUUGCCGGCAAGCUUAUCUUUCUGGUUCCAAGCACAGCUACGGUGUGCCUUGGAAGUGCGGCUCCUGGCACAACUCGUGAGCGUGUCGCCGCGCAGCAGCAGCAGCAGCACGACGACGGCGCGCGUUUGCCGUCGGCCGACACCGGUGUGGUGUUGCACCCUCCCGGUCGACGACUUGGCGGCCUUCGCGACGGGCUCUGCAGUUUGCUGAGGCGGCUGGCGAACUACGCGAAGCAGCGGAUCGGCAAAACGCGCUCGUAG